UGCUGUUGUGCAUCGUGACGGCAGCGGGGCAGCCAGCGGCGGCCACAACCCGCGGGUUCGAGCCCCAGAAAGGUGGAGACUCAUCGAUAAACCUCUUGCACAGUAGUCUCGAAGCACCGUCGCGAGGACCAGUGGGUAUACGUCUCGGUCUACGCAUCUUUCGGCUGGUGUAGACCCGCGGGACGAACGAGAAGAAGAGCCCGUCACCUCUCUCACCUUUCACCUGGCUAGCAGCUAGCCGCUAGCUAGCAGCGAGGCGGCUGCUGACGGAUAGCAGGCUCCCAGCGUUCGAUAGCGAGGCUGCGCGACGGACGGAAUGGAGGUUUUGGUGGAGUAUGAUUACGACGCCCUCCACGAGGACGAGCUGACCCUCCGGCUGGGCGACGUCAUCAAGAACGUGCACUACAUAGAUGAGGACGGCUGGAUGGAGGGGGACCUGAACGGAAAAAGGGGCCUCUUCCCCGACAACUUUGUGAAGGAGGUGAAGAAGGAAUCCAAAGAGGUGAAAGAAACAAAGAGUGAGCCAAAAGAGGAGGCCUCCCAGCCCCAGAGGAGAGACAAGAGCGCGGGCAACGUGGCCAACCUGGUCCAGAGGAUGAGCACCAUCGGCAUCCCAACCGGAGGCUUCCUGCCUCAGCCACCAGCCGCCUCAAAGAAGCCCAAGAGGAGAAAGUGCAAAGUCCUGUUUGACUACCAGCCGCAGAACGAGGACGAGCUGGAGCUGAAAAUCGGAGACGUCGUCGACGUCAUCGAAGAGGUGGAGGAGGGCUGGUGGAAUGGCAACUUCAACGGCAAGUCAGGGCUGUUUCCCUCCAACUUUGUCAAAGAGCUGGACGCCACAGGAGAGGACGGAGACACCAGCGAAGGGGCCGCAGACGAGACCGGUGAGACGGGCCAGCGUAGUUUCAACAGCAUGGGAGAAGACGUGUUUGUACUAAAUGAUGAAAGUGGGAUGGAAAGCGCUGGCGCCCCCCCUGCGUCCCCGCAGCCCGCCGCUGGCAACGGAGUCAUCGCUCAGCCCAAGAAGAUCCACGGCGUGGGCUUCGGGGAUAUUUUCAGGAAGGGGUCGGUGAAGCUAAAGGCCCGGCUGCCAAGCACCGAGUCAGAGGAGAAGAAGGAGAAACCAAUCCCAUCAUUACCAUCCGCUGCAAAGCCCGCCCAUCCCAACAUGACAGAGUCGCAGAGAGCCGACGGAGACGGCAAAUCCAAAGCUAAAGAGUACUGCAAGGUCACGUUUGCCUUUGAGGGGACAAAUGAGGACGAGUUGACCAUCAAGGAGGGCGAUGUCAUCCACAUCCUGAGCAAGGACACUGGAGAGCCCGGCUGGUGGCGAGGGGAGAUUGGGGGCAAGGACGGCGUCUUCCCAGACAACUUUGUGGUCCUGGUGUCAGAAGCAGAGAAAGAGACGCCCACGUCGAGGGGGUCGCUGAGGUCGCCUGCCAAGCAGGACUCUGAGGAGAAGCCGAAGAAGCCACCUCCUCCGUCGAAAAGCACCGCUCACAGGGCGGAGGUUCCCAGCGCCGAGAAGAAGCCCCAUCCCACCAGGCCCGAGGACCGAGUUGACAGGCCGGAUCCCAAACCAUCCAAGCCUGCGGCGCCGAUGGUCCCGCCCAAGAAGCCCGUGCCCCCUCCCGGCAAAGGCCGGCCGGGAGGCUUUGUGCCCAAGAGGCCGGACAAGCCUCUGGCCCCCUCGCCCAACCUCAAGCACAAUGGAGAGGUGCCUUCUACGAGACCAAAGUCUGACUUGGAGCCUUUGGUGCCCGCGAAACCCAGAACGCUGUCGGGGGAAGCGGGGGAGAAGUCCUCGGAUACGGAUCUGAUUAGUUUUGAGGAGAUGUCGUCCACCUCGGAGAAGCUCUCUCACCUCACUGCUAACAGACCAAAGAUGCCUGGCAGGAGGCUGCCUGCCCAGUUCGGCAGAGGACCUUCGCCCACCAAGGAGGUGAGCGUGGAGAAGUCCUUGAAGGUCGAUGACGUGGAUCCUGCUGCCAAACCAAAGCUGACAGAAACCAGGAAGCCUUCCACCAACUCGUUAUCUCAGACGCCGCCACCCAUCGGACCCGACUGCACAAGCGCCAAGGCCAAGCCAAGCCCUGCGGCGGCCCCCAGCCCGGAGGGCGGGACCCGGCUGGAGGCCGACGAGGCCAACGCCGAGCUGGACGAGCUGAGGGGCCAGAUGAAGAAGCUGCUGCUGUCCGUGGAGCUGUUGAAGGCCCAGCAAACGAAAGAGAUAGCGGAGCUAAGAGGAGAGCUGGAUGAGGAGAGGCUGAAGCGCGUCGCCCUGCAGGUGGAGAUAGACAAACUGAAGCGGAGCGUCCAUUCGACGUGAAGCCCUGGGGGCCAUGGCGGACCAACCGGGGAGGGGGGGUGACCACGAGAACCACCUCGAGCACAAUCCUUCUUUUCCUCUGGGUGACCGAAGAAAAUAAACUAUUUGUAACCUUUACACUUUUGCACAUAUAGAAACAUUAUCAAAAGAAAGAUAUAAUUAAUCUACAAAUGUCUUUUUUUUGCCAACAAAACAAAAAAACAACCGAGGCCUUACUUCCUACUACUGCUCUCUCUCUCUCUCUCUCUCUCUCUCUCUCUCUCUCUCUCUCUCCCAGCGUUCCUUGAACCCCUCACUGAGGAGGGGUCGCUCUGUACUACUGACUUUGUUUUCCUCGCCUCAUUUUUCUGUCCCGUGUAUUUUUAAAGAUGCCCAGAUGAAAAUGUUUGAUUUCAGUUAAAAGCUUCUGAUUCUUAGUGGAUUUUUUUUUCUUCUCAUGGAGGCAGAGCUCGGCUUUCUUCAGCCUUUUUAUAUGUUUUCUUUGUAGCAGGGCCACCCAGGGUAACACUACUGUGCCUGUUGAAAAAGCUAAAAACAGAAUUCUAUUGUAUUAUAUAAGUGUUUCUACCAGGAGGGGACAUGCUCACCUCCUGGAGUCUGCGAGUUUGCAGCAUAGUAUAUCGUAUAUCUCUAUUUUCUAAGUGUACUGAGAUUCCUCAAUCCUAAUCUGGGCCCUCCUUUUAUAUCGAGCCAUCUGACUGGCAGGAACUUCUCAGAAGUUGUAACUUGUAAUACAGAUGAAUCCACACACACACACACGCACACUGAUGGGAGGGUCUGGUGUGUUUUCUAUUGUGCACGAUAAUCAGUUCUCUGUUCAUCCUACAUGAUCAGUGCGUCCUCUACUUCCCAGGAUGCCAGCUAGCAGCGCUAUCCAUCUGUCUGCAUCUUUGAACCCAAACUGGAACAUCAGAUGUUCUGCAUUCAUGCAACCCCCUGAUUUUAGAUUCUUUUUGUUUUUGCGAUUCCAUUAUCAUAUCAAAAUCACUGAAAUGUAUCAAUAUCUGUUCACUGUGACCACAUUAAUGCGUCUUCAUCCAUUACUUUUUAUGACAACAGUAACUUCUGUCUAAUAGAAAAGUGAACAUUGCCACCUCACUGAUACAUUGAUAUUUAUAACAUUGUCAAAAAGAACUAAGAUUUUUUUCAGUUAUUAACACGAUGUAAUUCUACAAAUAUCAACUCUUUCUAAGAAGUUUCAUGUUGGGCACAGAAGCAUUUUGCUCCAAGCUGCAGUGAUGGACCUCCUCCACAUGGGGGCACUGCAGAAGGACAUGGCGUCUGUCCAUCGGGGCCGACGGCUGCAUCCGCGAGCAUUGAUCUCAGUAUUUAGUCUGUGGAACAUGUUCUUUCACUAAUGUCUUAAACGAGUGUGACUUUGCUUUUAAAGCAUCCUCGGGCUUCCUUCCAUGUGUCGGCUGUGCGCGUGUGUGAGUGCUUUCACACUCUGACCAAGUUGAUGAUGCAUAUCCGACCUUCCUCACGCGACCCCUCGAUGCCUCACACUCCCUUUAGGCAACAGUAACCUCUGUAACGCAACAUAACUUCCACAUUGUUGUACAUUCCACAGUUUGACAUCAAGACAGACAAAGAAAUCUGUGCACAUUUAGAACAUGAUUCUUUUUUUUUUUUUUUUACAAGAGCUGUAUCCUUGCGUGAGCUGAGAUUCUGUUCAAAGGCUUAAUAAAUAUCGUCUUUAUUUA